UACCCCUGAAGACGCCCGUGAAUGCGUAGCAGUUGUUGGGGAACUGAAAGGAGGGACGGGUGCGGGGGUAACUGCCGAAGGAAGAGGAACACAAGAAGGGAGAGUCUGUUGGGGUCAUUGCUGGAACAGUCACUUCUCUCAGGCAGUCCCAGGACAGGAGCUGGCCCCCUCCAGAACCACCCUACCUGCACCGGCCGGGACUAUUCAGCAUGUUAAUGGUGUCCUACGCUUUGCCGUGAUUCAGUUUGGAGGCUUCUUUUCCGUGCUGCUCAUCACGAUCUCGCUAUUCCCAUGGUAUUGUUCUGGCUGUCCUGACCACAAGAGUCCAAGGGAGUGACACGUACCGAACGGCUGCAGUUGAUUGGGGGAGAGGAUCCCGAGGCGGGACACCUGGAUGACCGGACCAUGAACUGAAGGCCCCUCCUCCAGGCCCUGCGUUUCUGCCGUUCUUUUCCCAUCAGCCCCGGCUGCCGUCCAGUCGCACAGACCAGCGCCCAGCGAGCGCCACCACAACCCCUCCCUCCACACAGCCGCGCCCGCCUUCUGCCCGCUGACCGUCCCGCCUCUCCCACCGCCACUCCGGAAACAUGGGGCGGAAAAAGAUCCAGAUCCAGAGAAUCACGGACGAGAGGAACAGACAGGUGACCUUCACCAAGCGUAAGUUUGGUUUGAUGAAGAAGGCCUACGAGCUGAGUGUACUGUGCGACUGUGAGAUCGCCCUCAUCAUCUUCAACCACUCCAACAAGCUGUUCCAGUACGCCAGCACGGACAUGGACAAGGUCCUGCUCAAAUACACCGAGUACAACGAGCCCCACGAGAGCCGGACCAACGCCGACAUCAUCGAGGCUCUGAACAAGAAAGAGCACCGGGACUCAGAGAGCCCGGGCCCUGACGACUCCUUCUCCCUCACCCCCCGCACCGAGGAGAAAUACAAAAAAAUUGACGAGGAGUUUGAUAAAAUGAUGCAGAACUAUAGGCUGUCUUCUGCGGUCCCGCCCCCUACUUUCUCCAUGCCAGUCACAGUCCCCGUGUCCAAUCAGAACGCACUACAGUUCAGCAACCCCAGCAGUGCCCUGGUUACCACUUCCUUUGUGACAUCAUCACUCACAGAUCCCCGCCUCCUGUCGCCACAGCAACCAGCCCUCCAGAGGAACACGGUGUCUCCAGGGUUACCGCAGAGACCGGCCAGUGCAGGUGCACUUUUAGGAGGUGACCUCAACAACUCGAACGGAGCGUGCCCAAGUCCAGUGGCAAACGGGUAUAUCAGUGCUCGAGCCUCCCCCGGCCUGCUCUCCGUCUCUAAUGGCAACAGCUUGGCCAAAAUAGUUCCAGCCAAAUCUCCACCUCCGCCCAGCCCUCAGAUGGUGAACAGCCGCAAGCCGGACCUCCGGGUCAUCACUUCACAGAGCGGCAAGAGCCUGAUGCAGCUGACGGAUGAGGAGCUGGAGUUGGUGAGUGAGAAUGCUCAGCGGUUAGGUGGCUCUCAGGUGACACAGUCACUCACCACACCAGUGGUCUCUGUGGCAACGCCCAGCCUCCUGACGCAGGGGCUGCCCUUCUCUGCCAUGCCAACCGCCUACAACACAGACUAUCAGCUGACGAGUGCAGAUCUCACAGCACUCCAGGCUUUCACGUCGCCGGGCGGCCUGUCGCUAGGAAACAUGUCCACUUGGCAACAGCAACCACAGCAACUACAGCAGCAACAGCAGCAGCAGCAGCAAGCGGUGCUAUCCCAGCAGCCUCAGGCGCAACAGCUCAGCCUGGCAUCGCUGGGUAACUUAGUUAUGUGGGGCGCGGAAAAGCACAUCGGAGACGCGUCUAACUGCGGCUCCAGUUUCACCACAAACCUGAGGCCUGUGGGUCAUAUACCUCAGGGUGCCAUGCUGACGGUAAACACCGCCCCCAACGUGAGCAUCAAGUCGGAGCCGGUGUCUCCCAGCCGGGAGCGCAGCUCCGCGUGUUCGUCCUCGGGGGGCGUGCUGACGGUGGGGGCCCCGUACCCCGGGGCCCUGCGUCUGGAGCCCACGGGCCGCUCCCCCGUGGACAGCCUGAGCAGCACCGCCAGCUCGUACGAGGGCAGCGACCGCGACGACGGCCAGCCGCGCCCGCCCGACUUCAGCUCCACCGUGGGGCUCCUGAGGCCCUCCACCGAGGCUGAGCAGGAGGGCAACGUCAAGCGCAUGAGACUGGACACCUGGGUCACAUAGACCCCCCCCCCCCCCCCGCCACGCGUCUCUGCCCCCUGAGUGUCCCUUCACUGACACACACACUCUCUCACACACACUCACACACACUCACACACUCUCUCACACACACUCACUCAGGCACACACACACUCACACACUCACUCACUUAGGCACAUACACUCUCACACACACUCACUUAGGCACACGCACUCUCUCACACACAUACACACAUUCACACACUCACACACUCUCACACACACACUCACUCACACACAGGCACACACUCACACACACACUCACACAGGCACACACUCACAUAGGCACACACUCACACACACACACUCACACAGGCACACACACACACACACUCACACAGGUACACACUCACACACACACUCACAUAGGCACACACACACACAGGCACACACACAAACUCACAUAGGCACACCCACACAGGCACAGUCACACAGGCACACACACACUCACACAGGCACUCACACACACACACACACACACACACACAUACACACAAAGCAAACAUGCGCACACACAUAUGCGUACACACACACGCAUAAAGCCACGCACACACAUGCACACACUGCUAUCAUGGGCCGAGUCACCAAACCAGGGAUUAGCUGUAAUUGAGUGGGAUGGAAUUAGGGGCGAUUUUGAGUUGGUUGUUUUGAUAUUUGUGUUCAGGGGCUGUGAGGGGGCUGAGGCUGAUGUUAAAUGAAAGAGAAAGCGAUGCUGUGGAUGUCACGGCAUAAGAACAGUGGGCUGGAAGCGCUUGUUUUCGCUGGGUUUUCAGUCAAAUCUGUACAUUAAUGACUAAAGAUGUUCUAGACUUAGCUGAAUCUUCUCUCGGGGAUCGUUCAGCCACACUCUCUCUGUAUUUACACAUGGAAGUGUCCAUUCGAUGUAGCAGCCCAACCAGGCUGAGCAUAAGGCCGGUUGAAAUUGCUCCAUGUAAUCAUGUUCCCGGGCAGUUAUAUACUCUUUUACCCCUGACCAUUUUCCAUCCUCCACUCCCUGAACACUCGAGAAGCUGAAACAGUUUCCUUUUCAAAAAGCGACACUUCAACUCCACGGGCUCUUCUGCUCAUUUCGUUCCCUUUCUUCAGCCUUGGAAAGCGACUCAAUUUAAUUCAAAAGACGGCGAGGGCUGCAGCAGCUCUGUUGUAAACACUGCAUGAAUCAAAUCUAAAGGACGUUCACUACAGAGCCCGGCUUUACCAGAAGGCAUCCAGAGCAAGCUAGAAUCUUCUAGAAGCCACGGCCACGUUGUGUGCAUAGACUGCUUUGCCGAAGGCCAAGGUCCUGGGCUCGGUGAAAGGGAUGCUGAGUCAGCGCUUCGAUCUUACUUUUCCCAAACGCUCUCCUCCCAUCUCAACCCCAUCGUUUUUAAUGCAUAUUCUCCCUAUCUGGGUAGUUAAAUUUUCCACAGUGUGUAAAAUGAUGAGGUUCUCUUUUCAUUUUUUUGAAAUAACUAUCCUGUUCUAAUUCAUACACACACAUGGUCAUGGACAAGAUAUUUUCAUUCUGUACAACAAAAGCAAGAUCAGAAAAUGGCCAGGUGUUCUUCACAAUCACCCGUUUACACAAGCUUCAGGCACAAUAUUUCUGCCACUUCUGAUCACAGUGCAUUUCUUUUACUGCUUUUUGGCUUCUGCCUGCUUAAUUCAGGGGAUAUCGCUCAGUUCUGUCAAAAGUACUCUUGCCAUUAAAAAAAAAAAAAAAGUACCAAAAGGCUUGAAUUUUAGAGGAUUGAGGAUUUGUUCAAGAAAAAAAUGAAGAACCAUGUAUAUACACAGAUGUUUUUUGAUGUUCCUUUACAGCCAACUUUGGUUCUUGAAUAGCAAAGGACAAUGUUUGAAGGCAAACGGUGGCAUAUGUAUUUAAAUGACUUUAGGUGGCAGUAAAACUACAUGCAUUUUAAAAGGUAACUGCAUAUAAUGUGGAAGAAAUUAUAGACAAUAGGGAUUGUGUAUAUAAAUAUAUAUUCACAUAUAUUUUGCAGGAUAUCCCUAAAACAAAUGUGUAGAUUCUCAGUGGAUCUGUCUAUAUAUUUAUGUAUAUGUAAAUGUAAUAAUGUUGUAAGCUAGAAUGCUGGAGGGACAGUCAGGGAGGCCACAGGGACGUUGACUUUGAGAGAUCUCUGACAGUUUAUUUAAUGGAAUGCACUUUAUAUUCCAGACCCUAGCCCUCAGCGAUGUCAGCAUGGCGCUUCACUAAAUACAUGUUUCUUUAUAUUUAUGUUUGUAUAUAUAUAUGUAUAUGUGCAUAUAUAUAUAUAUACACACACACACACAUCUGAGCACACUUUUCAUCACUUCCUGUUACAUGUGAGGGGGCUCUGCCUCACUUAGUCUCUUAUCCAGACACAUCGCUCUAAUGCAUUUCAUGUGAUGUCCACUUCCUGCCCAGCUGGCCUCUUUAACUGUGCUCCUCGUGUUGUGGCACAUUCCUCAGAAGUGUCCUCAGAUUCGGGAGCCAGAGAGAGGGUUUGUCGGCCAAGGAGUAUGAAAUCCGUCAUUCGUACCUGCGCUAACGCACAGCUAACUUCCUCUGCUCAGAUAAAACUCUCCGUAAUACCCGAACCCGGCUCCUUCAAAAGACCCAUCAAACGCAAAUGUACAGUUCAAAGAGGAAUUGCUGUCCCGUUUGAACAUUUGCACUUCUGACACUAGAUAGCAGUGGAUAUGUAAUAAUUUGGGCAGCGUCUUUAAAGUGAAUUUACUUGUACAUUUUCUGACACAUACUGCAAUUUUGCAGUGUUGUAAAAUGAUGUCCAAUUUGCCACGUAUAUUGAAUGUUUUAUAGUGGAUUUAUUGUAUCUGAGUGAUAAAAGAUUAAAUAUUUUUUAAGUCAGGCAGGCUAUAUAGAGAUUUUAGGCCCAUUAUUAUUCCUGUUAACAGGAUCCUCAUUGGGGUUAUAAAUAAUUUGUGCUCCGUGUUGCUGAAUUGCAUUAGCAGGCGUGCAGAGCGUACAGGCAGGUGUGAGAGGAGGCUGCUGGAAUCGGCGGUGCUGCCGGUCAUUGUCACAAACGAGAGCUUGGAGACAAGCUUGAUUUUAUUUAUUAUAACAGCCCAACAACCAAUGGCCCUCCUGUUAUUUGACCAGGCCAAACUUCACACUUCUCUCCUCCCACCAAAAUGAAUCCCAUUGGAUGAAGAUUCCCUCUGGUUGACUUUAGGUGAAUUUGCCUAAAUGCGAUUUUAUCAAAGGCUAAAUUUAUUUGUGUGUGUGUAGAUUUUUAUAUUAAUAUACCCGGUUCUCUUAGAAACUUGAAUUUCCCAGAAACUCUUUUCCCUCCCUCCAGUAUCCCAUAAGCCCCUGCUUCCCCACUGUGCUGUGCUGUCAUUCAGUGUUGCACUGUGGUCUGUCACAGAGGAACAAAAAGCAGCCUGUUGCGGUAGAUGAAACGCGUUUCACUUUUGGUCCACGUUUCCGCAGCCUCUGCCCGCUGUUGGUCAGGAGUUUCAGGAAAGCCCUUAAGACUGCUGGGACAGAUGAUGGUCCGAAAGUCCUCUCCGCAACAAGAAGGGUUUUGUGUAGCAUUUAAUUAUUUGGUCAGAUGGGAUCACAUUAAUCGCUUGCAUUCACGGUGCAAGGCUAUGGCUUUGGAGUAGCCAGUGGUGAUGAGGUCUGUUGGCCUUUACCUGAGGACAGUAAGGAGAGAGAAAGGGGGAAAGCACUGGGUGUGAUGGCUUGGGUUCAUUAACGUGUUGCUGCUCUGCAUGUUGGACAGGUAGAAAUAGAAGAUCUUGAGCUGUUCCCAUGAGCGUGUGCAGUACACCUGUAUACAGUUUAGUGAAGAUGGUUGGAUUUGGGCUCUGGGUGUAUGACACUGCAUGAAGCUGCUCUGUCUGCUGCCCGUGUGUUUGGCUUCACGUGCUGGCAUUGACCAGUCAUUGUACAAACGCUGUCAUGGAUCUCAGUCACUCAGUGUAAUCAAAAUGAAAGACAAUCUUCUAAAAAAAAAUACAUAAAUAAACCUACACCCCUUAUUUCCAAUGAAGUUUUUAAAAUCUCACUUUUUUCUGGUGUUAAUUUGUGCUGGUGACAAUUGUCUUUUUUAAUGAAUGUUAUUAUUGCUGUUAUUUUUGUUAUUACUAUGAGUGAUAAUAAUAAUAAAAAUAAAGAAAAGCCAUUUUAAUUUUAUUUCUGCUGUUGUGUGUAGUAUAGCCAUCUUAUUUUAUUUGGUUUUAUUUUAUUCUAUAUAAAUACUAUAUAAAUAUAUAUUUUUUGUUUUCAUUUUUUUGUUUUCUUCAAAAGGGGUGCUGUUAAUAUUGCAAGGUUUAUUAAAAAUAUUGUAGUAAUAUUAGUAUAUAUAAAGUAAUGGAGGGGAAAAGUGAAUAACACAAACCGAAUGAAAUUACCAGUACAAUGCUGCAAUUUUUAGUCAAAUGUCAAAAAUCUGACGUACAUAAGCAGGGGAAGGCUGAUCUGAUCUAUUUCCAGGCACAGACUAUUUCGGUGGAAAUGCAUGGGAUUAAAACAAACAGAGAAUUAAUCAUUUUUUUUAAUGAAAUGUAUUAUCAACAACAAUAUAAACCACACAAAAAAAAUGUACCUGAGGAAAAGUUUAAAAUAAAUUAUAGCUAAUAUAUUGUGUUCGGCUAGUCUGCUUUGAGUUUUGUUGUAAAAAGAUGUUUUUUCUGUUGUUUUUGGAGAAUGAUAUACAAUUUGUGUAUAUUUUCAUAAACAAAGUAUGCACUGAUAUGUUAUUAAAAAUUCUAUACUGCUUUUACAAAAAAGUGUUUGUUAUUGUACCAAAGUAUCCAUUUGUCCCUUGAUACCUACCCCUUUUUGCGUAUGUUUUACCGUAUUUUAUAUAUUAAAUAGACAAGUUGACCUAAAAA